CAAUAAAGCGGUUGAGUGGCUGUAUUGGACUGCACUGCAUCGCACCUUGCACACCGAUAGCAUUUCAGUUGUUUAUAUAAAAAUAAAAUUAAAACUUCAGCUUAUCCUGUGAUAUCAGCCCGCGACUUGCAAAGUUUAUUAUUAUUAUUAUUAUUAUUAUUAUUAUUAUUAGUAGUAUUAUUUUACGGUAAUCUUACCUUGAAGGACGGCUUAGAAAGAAGGAGGAAAAGGACACCUGUACAUCCUUUUUUUUUUCUUGUUUUUUCACUCCAAUAGAAGUUCAGAAUUCAUGUCUGUUUAUUUUUCUCCGCUUCACUGCCCUGUGUACCUGCGCUCCACUGACAUGACUGAGGUAAUGAUGAGCAACGUCACCAUGGAUGACAUCCGGCUUAGUCCCAGCAAGGACCGCCUCUCCUACCAGAUCUUCCCAGACCCGUCUGACUUUGAGCGCUGCUGCAAGCUGAAGGACCGCCUGCCCUCCAUUGUGGUGGAGCCCACAGAGGGGGACGUGGAGAGUGGGGAGUUGCGCUGGCCCCCCGAGGAGUACUUGGUAGAGGAGGAGGAACAUGAGGAAGAGAAGAUGUGCGAGGAGGCGCCUGGCAAGACGGGCAAGGACAAGCCGUCCUAGAGCUCCCUUGAAGCACCAGGACAAAGGACAUAGGAGAGGGCAGGAGAGAGGGAACCGGCCUGCACAGUGACCCCUACACAUUUUCCUGCCUUCACCACCCCCCUCCUCUGUGAGGGCUCACACACCUUUUAUAAACUCUUUUCCACUCGCACACUCUGCUACGUCCUGUUGACUGUGUGUGUCUGUGCACACCUGCUGGGGUGGAGUGUGUGUCUGCUGACUGCAGUUCUCACAAAACGACACGUGAGCUGAAGCUUUUCCUGUUGUAGGAAGUUGCUUUCUGCUCUUUUGAGAUCUUUAUCGGACUUGUUCUUUCUGUGUGUGUGUGUAUAUAUAUGUGUAAUAUAUAUAUAUAUAUAUAUAUAUAUAUAUAUAUAUAUAUAUAUAUAUAUAUAUAUUAUAAAUAUAAAUAUAACAAAUAAAAAUUGGUGUGUAUUUUGAGUGCUGCUGCAGCGGUGGGUAGUAUAGUGUUUUCUUUUGGGGUUUUUUUGACAAAGGUGGGGGUGGUGACAGGUAAGCAAAGCUGAAACGUAGAACCUCUGGGAUUGGGGAUUGUUGUAAAGAUACUUGCUGUAUCUUUACAGAUCUUUCUGUCUCUCUCUUCCCCCCCACCCCUCCUUCCACAGCCAUGCAGAUCCUGGAAACCCAGACCUUCCCAGAACUUUUGUGAGCUCGGUACUGUACAAGCCCAUGAAAGUGGGGGUUCAACCUUCCUGUGGUAUUAAUGCAGCCUGGUUUUAAUGGCUGGGAAGUUUAUUUUAUCAGUGCUAUACAAUAAAUCAUAUUUUUUAAACCGUUUUCUACAGUGACGAUCGCAGUACCCUGAAUGAAUUCACCCAUGUUGUGUGUGUGUGUGUGUGUGUGUGUGAAGUCCUUUAAUCCUACUCUCCCACGCCCCCUUUAACUGCUUUAAACAGGUUUGACAACCCUUUGGUCUGAGAUGUACUCUGUACUCAAUCAGGAAGGAGUGUGCCUGGCACUGCCAGCACAUUGCUGGUUUGAACCUGUGGCUUGCUGUCCUGUUCACUUUUUUUUUUCUUCAAAAUGUGUGCAGCCUUGUGGAGAGAGCUUUGUUUCACACCUCCAAGACAGCAAUAACUUCUCUCUUUAUUCAGCAAUGUCACUGAGGAAACUAUAAAAUAUUGUGAUUUUUUUUUUUUUUUCACAUUGUCUCAUUCAGAACUAUAACGGGCAAAUAUGAUUGUGGUCAUUGAGACUGUGCUCACUCUGGCUCCUCGCAUCAGAGCAUUGAAAGGAGUGUGGGAGGUUGUCAAGGUAGACUGUAACCUGCAUCCCAACUAGUCUGUUUCCAAUACUGCACUGGCAUCCCUAUUAAAACCACUGUAAUUUUUACCGCCCCUCAGACUUGGCAGAUACAGGAGGCUUUGCCGAAUUUGCUCUGUACGAUUAUUGCUCGACUCCAGACAAUGUUAAAUUGCUGCAGGUCAGGGGGUUCAGGUAUUUAAAAGCAUCUGCAGAGGGUAGGCUUGUUGGACAGCAAUGUGGGUGGAAUGUGCAGGAGUUCUAAAUCUGGCCAAUUCGGUAACAUCCCAUGUAGUAAAACCCUUGCCCUGCUAAACGUAACUUACCACCCCGACAGAGCAGAUGGGCGAUUUUUAUAUUGCUUUAGGAAUAGUACCUGUCCUGAACUUGCUAAAAUGAGUGAAUGGAGUUCUCCCAAGUUGGUAGCUAUUGGUUAUUCUGUGAUGCCACACAUCAGUUUAAAAUGGAAGUCUCCUGUGGAAUGCAGCCAGUAUAAGCAGGACCAGUUCACCACUGUGUCCCACCCAUCCUCCUGCACAUUCCUGUGACCUGUCGCCUUUUAUUUCUAUAAAUGUUUGUUUAUGUAAAUCUUAUGAUCUUGCUGUUCUCAAUGUAUCUUGAUAGUUAUUUGAACAAAAAAUGACUCUGUACAUUUCUCUGUACUAUAUAUAAGAUUAUUGUAUUAUUUUUUUUUGAUGCUCAGGGAGAUAGCUGGCAUUUUUCAAACCACUUUUCUGUCAUGGUGACAGUUUGUAAAUAAACGUUUUGGAAGUGCUUUCCAA